AUGUCAUCAGAUCCACUUGCGGAUUAUCGUAGGCUUGCUGCUGAAAAGAGAAGUCAAUGGCUCUCCAAUUUGUCAUCCAACCAAGUCAAUCCUACCACAGUCAGCAAUAACAACAACAAUAACACUCAUUCAACAACAACAAUGUCAUCCUCUCAUUCCGAUCCGACUAACACCAAUACAUCAUCACGAUCCAUCAACAAUACUCCAAACAAACCAAAAUUAAAAUUAGUCGAACGAUCCACACAAGACAUUGUCAAAGAAAGAGAAGAAGAAUUAAAUCGUUUUUCUGAUAUUUUGAAUCCACUCACUGAAAAAAAGAAAUUUAUUGAAAAAUUAAAAAAAGAAGAGGAAGAAGCAUUAAAAAAAGAAAGACAAGAAAAAGAAAAGUUAUUAAAAGCGUAUCGAACAGAUCCUCAUGUUGGUAAAAAAUCAACAAGUAUUGAUUAUCCAAAUAUAGAUAAUAGAAUGGCACUAAAUUCACCAACAAAACCAUUAGAAUCACUUGAAACUAUUUUUGAAGCUGAAGAGAGUCAUGAUCAUCUCUCUGAACCAUGCAUUAUUCAAAUUAGAUUUAUGGAUGGUUCUACCACAAAGGCUAAAUUUAAUUCCAAUGAUAAAUUAACACAAGUAUGUCAAUAUAUAUUUUCAAGUGAAAAGGGAAAGGAUUAUGAAAGUAUUAGAAUUAGAAUACCAUCCUCGAGAAUAUUAUCGAGUAAUAAUAGUAAUAAUAGUAAUAAUAAUAUUAAUAAUAGUAAUAGCAAUAGUAAUAAUAAUAGCAAUAGCAAUAGUAAUAAUAAUAACAAUGCAAGUACUAGCUCUGACUCGAGUACUCUGAAAUCAAUGAUCAAUGAUACAAAAUUACCCACAUAUUUCAAUAAUACGAACAUGUCUCUUUACACGUUAGAACAAUUACAUCUAUGUCCAAAUGGUAAUAUUAUUAUUGAAAAAGAUGUGAGUGAGAAUGGAUUUGGAGAGAAGUGUUUAAAAUCUGACAAGACGUCAAAACCAAUGAAUUAUUUACCUGUUGAAUAUAUUUUACAACAUGCUGGAUCAAGUUAUCGAUUGAAAGGAGAUACAUGGGAAGAAAAACAAAAAUUUAGAGAGAGACAACGAGACAAAGAUGUCGAGCAAAGUCGAAUGGAGAAGAUGAAUAAGAAGAAGGAACUUGAAAUGGUAAGAAAACGUUUAGAAGAAGAUAAAAAGGAAAGAAAUGAAAAGAAAACGAAACAGAAUGACUCUGAGACAGAAGUGAAUCACACACAAUCGACUCACUCAAUGACCAAUUUACAUACAGAUGAUGAUGAUAGUCAUGAUGAUUUGAAAAAAAAGAAAACCUCGAAUGGUAAGAGCGCUUGUUCAUCUUCUACACUCCAGUCACCGUGUUCGAUUCAGGUGAGAUUACCCAAUACGGGUAGCACUGUAAAAAUUGAUUCAUUACUUGGAGGAAACACUCUGAAAGAUUUAUUGGAUGCUAUCAUUCAAAACACGAAUGGUGUGGCUGUGUCUGUGAAAGAUUGUGUGUUUAUUGUACAAUUUCCACAUGCCGAAUAUGAUUCGAGUGUUUUCAAGAGAACGACUUUAUUGGAAGCCAAACUUGUACCGAGAGGCUCUGUUGUGUUAGAGUCCAAACUAAAGAAGGGUGUUGUUGCGAGAAGUUCAACUCCAAACACGGACUCGAAUGUUAUGGAAGAGGAUGAAUGA